AUGUUACAAAUGAUCGAUGAGAGUCAUGAACUGACAGCUUUCAGCAAUAAGUUCGGUAUCUGUGGACUUGGACCCGACUUCUGUGGCGCUGAUGUUUGCGUUGCUGGGUGUGAUUCGAAGGCAGAAUGUGAUCCGGGCUUUGGAUCAGAAUGGUCUGAGAAAUCCGGCUGCCCACUUAAUGUGUGCUGUUCCAAAUUUGGAUUCUGCGGCGUGACCAAGGAGUUUUGCGGAAAUAAAACAGUUACGCACAAGACAUGCAGCAAAGAUGGCUACCUCUCGCGGGUUGUGGGAUACUACGAAGGCUGGAGCACUCGGCGAGCCUGCAACCAGUUCUGGCCUGAGCAGAUCCCACUGGGAGUCUACAGUCACAUCAACUUUGCUUUCGCUACCAUUGACCCUGAAACCUACGAGGUACUCCCUGCCGAUGAAGCAGAUGCACCACUAUACGAACGUCUAACGACCUUAAAGCAAUAUGAUCCUGAUCUGAAGGUUAUGAUCGCUUUGGGAGGUUGGACCUUCAAUGACCCCGGACCUACAGCCACUAUUUUCUCUGAUAUUGCGGCAUCCGAAGAAAAGCAGAAGAAGUUCUUCAAGUCAUUGGUCUCAUUUAUGUCCACGCAUGAUUUUGAUGGGGUGGACCUGGAUUGGGAAUACCCGGAAGCUGAUGAUCGUAAUGGAAAACCAGCGGACUAUGGUAACUUUCCCAAGUUUCUAGCCAACUUGAAGAGUACGUUGGACAAGACACCUGGGCGAAAUGAACUGUCUAUUACGCUUCCCGCAUCAUAUUGGUACCUUCAGCAUUUCGAUCUAAAGAAACUAGGUAAACAUGUCAGUUUCUUCAACAUCAUGACUUACGACAUGCACGGAACCUGGGACCGUGGAAAUAAAUGGACUGGUGAGUACUUGAACGCUCAUACUAACCUGACUGAAAUCAAGAACUCGCUCGACUUGCUCUGGCGUAACGAUGUCAAGGCCGAGCAGGUGGUGAUGGGUCUUGCAUUCUAUGGUCGCGCAUACACUGUUGCAAGCCCGUCGUGCGUUGAACCCGGCUGUCUGUAUCUGUCUGGAAGUGUGAAAGCGGACUGCAGCUAUGAGACAGGAAUCCUGCUUAACAGUGAAAUUGUGGGGACCAUGACGACCAAAAGUCUGUCACCGAAGCUUUAUAAAGACGCGGCUGUCAAGGUAACUCACUGGGACAACCAAUGGGUAUCUUAUGACGAUAAAGACACAUUUAAGAUGAAGGCCGAUUUUGCCCGGGAACAAUGUUUGGGGGGUGUCAUGGUAUGGGCAAUCAGCCAUGAUACGAAAAAUGCCACCUUCACCAAAGCUCUCGCCCAGGUGUCUAACCGCCGAAUUAUCGCACAACGCCAAGUGGAGGACCAAGACCAUAUCACAGAUACUACGAACUACGACACGUGCAAAUGGAGCAACUGUGGUGAAGCCUGUCCUGCAGGGUGGCAGAUGAUCCCACGUGAGGACCAAUGGAGGAAUAAGAAGGAUGAAUAUAUGCUUGAUACAACCGGAUGCAACGGUGUAGGCUUCCGUUCGUGGUGCUGCCCUCCCACAAAGGCCCCUAAAUGUGGUUGGUACAGCUUCAACAACGGACAUUGCGAAUCCCAAUGCCCUAGUGGGAUGGUAGAGAUUGGAUCGACACGAAACGGGUGCAAGAGCACUGAGUUUGACUACCAGGCUGCCUGCUGCACAAUUGAGGACGAUAAUGGCAAUGAGUUGACAAGCAUGACCCUUUACAGUACCUCUGAAUGGGCAGCUUCGCCACAUUGUGACACCGGGGUAUGCUCAUUUAAAGGAACUACCAUGCCAGAUAUACUGGUUCAAUCGGGAACAGGAAGUGGGGGUGUCUAUUGUAUGCCAGGCAAUGUGUAUAAGGAAACUGUCUACCCAAAGCACCAGCAGACAGAACGCAAGUUGUGUUACAACAAGGACGGCAAACCCCCGAAAUGGGACAAGUGCCAGUGGCAUAACAAUAUUGGUCUAGGAAAAGGUGGCCAACGGUGCUGGUCUGGCUGUCCUGAUGACACUGUACGAGUCGCUAUGAACACAUACAAUAACGGCUGCUACGCCCGUGGUGGCGAGGCCUUCUGCUGUAAUGCUAACUACUAUACGGAAAGUACGCGGCUGUCGGAUGACCUCCAAAACUUCCAAGAUGCCGUGGACGCGUGGAUCAAAGACCCUGGUUGUGCCUCAUCAAGCUCGUCGAAGUCUCUCAGCACCCGAGAUAGCAAAUGUGACCGAGAUAUCUUGGUAUUUCACCUGGCACAGAUCCUCACAAGUGGCAUCUCCAGUCAGGAUCAUUGGGAAACGCUUGCCAAAAUAUGGGACGACGUUGCCGUUAAGUACGCACACCUCGCUGCCAAAACCUUAAUGGAGUACUUCAGUUCCGAGGACAAGCUCAUGGGAGCCCCAAAAGUAUUCGCCGGGAAGGUUCUUGAUCAGCCUAAUACCUACGAUCUCAUGAUAGCUGGGGAUAAGAAUUUUAUUUCCUGCGAUGAAGAUCUGUGCAAGACUCUAGGAUGUGAUGAUGAAGAUGAUGAGGCACUUGCGAGACGACACCACCAAUGGGGAGAGCAGAGAGAUGUUCUACGGAGUCUUGAGAAACGCGGUCCAGCGGAAUUGGUGGCGUGGUACUGUACCGACUCCGCCGGUAAGACAUGGAAAAUUGAGUACUGGAAACACGCGUACCCUAGUCGUGGUGCCUGGAAAGGAAACGAGAGACCCAUGCGGGAGGGCGUUUCUUAUAGUGAUCAAGAACAAUGUGCUAAUUGUGAUGUUUCCGAACGCCAAAUCACCAAGAAGGAGAAGAGGAACUUUACCACUGAACAUAUCGUGGAGUUACAGUCCAUUCCCAUGUUUUUUGACUACUUGGUGAAGAAUAGUAUGUGCGGCGUCGACUGCGCGUUCUUUCUCAAUUACUUCAUGCAGGAUGUCUUGGUAGACCCCCCCACGCUUCCUGGUGGGAACAACUUCAAGACACCAGUUGAUCGCAUUAUGGAGUCCCUUGGAAGUGAUGAGCUUCGGGAAAAUUUCCGGUUACUUAACAAGUUCCUCAACGAACUAAAAGGACAACUCUGGCGCUCGGGUAUCGGUGAAGUCAACUCUAGAGUGACGAACCUUUUAAAUGACAAAGACCUCGCCGGAGCCCUCAGCAUCGUGCGCGGUGUUGUUUCUGUAUUCAACUACAUGAACUUGCCAAAGGUAUGGAGACGAUACAAGCAGACAAACAUCCUUGUUCGUCAAGAGCUCGAGCGCAUACAGAAUGCAUACAAAGCAGCCAGCUCAAAGGAUGUAAAGCUCCUUCAAUGCUGGGAUCUCUUCCUAUAUGACCUCAUGAAAAGCAUGGCCGGAGAGAGCCGCCAGUUUGUGGUAGAUCAGCUGGCGAAGUUCAAAAAUGACUGGGUCGAGGGUAAGAAACCAGGUGACGAAGAUUGGCUAGCGGAGGUGCAGCAGGUCCAGGACUUUGUGAAAGGGAUUGAGAAGCAGCUGGACAAGAUCUCAAUUAAUUUGAAAGAUCUAUUCUAA